UAAGUGCGUGAAUGGAUGAGAGUGUUUGAUGAUGGAUGCAUGAAAUUGUGGCUUCGGUGGAGGUUGUUCCUUGUGGUGAGAUAUCCACAGCGUGAAGCUGUCGAUGGCGGAUCGCAGAGCGGAGCAGCAAUGGCAGCCAUGACUGGAAUCUGCAGGGCGCCGCUGUCGCUCGCGUUGCAGCGCGAGUCUUCGUUCUGGGGGAGCAAUGUGGGCGUGCAUCAGCAGCAGAAGAGCGCGUCGAGUAACUCAGGUGGGUCGACGGGAGGAGUGCGAGUGGGGAUUCGAGCGGAGGGAUUCGACUUCUGGCAAGUCCUGGGAGGGCGGGGGUUGAAAGGAGGGGAGGAUGGAUUGAAGCAGGAGAAAACGGCGAGGGUACUGCAGGAGGCGAAGAAGAAUCUCGUGGUAGAGAAGAAGAAGAAAGGAAGCGUGGAGGGGAAUGUUGAAGCCGCGGAGGGGCUCCCGGGGACUUUCAACAAGGAGCUGGGAGGAUGGACGGGCGGUUUCCCUGGAGGCGAGAAAGGGUUGCGUCAAUUCGUGCAGUCGAAUCCUCCCCCCGCGAAGGCUUCGCAAAUGUCGAACGAGAUUCGGAAGUUGCAGGAUAGCAUUUCCCGGCCUUUGAAGCCCCGAGCGCCUUCUCCUCCUUUGCUCAUGCCAGGAAUGACUGUGAAAGUGAUUUCUCCGAGUAACCCUUAUUUCGAAUUCAUCGGCAUUGUGCAGAGAGUCACUGACGGCAAAGUAGGUGUGAUAUUUGAGGGAGGUAAUUGGGACAAGUUAGUGUCGUUUAAAUUGCAAGAUUUGGAGCGCACCUCGCAAGGGCCGCCCAUGAGCAACCCGAAAUCUGCAAUCCUUGAAAGAAUGAUCGUUCCUGAAGGAACCUCUUCUCCUGAAGGAGCUUCUAGUUAGAUCUUCUGUCUUCGACUCGAUAUCUGUCAACUGUGCAAUAAUUGCGAAAAGCACGUCAGCAUGUUACGCAAUUGCGUGUGCAGCAGGUCUAGGAGGCAUUUGUGUGCAUUGCACUGUUAUUCUCGGAUACUCAUAUGUCAUUCAUUAGCAGGUCGUUUUGCUGAAUCGAUUGUCAGAAUCUCAUUCUACGGAAGUCUUUCUUCUGCACUUUUCUCCAGCUUUUAAACUAUCAACCGAUCACCCUGUAGAACUAGCCAAGAUUUGACGACUUACCUUGAAACAUGGACAGCUGUUUGUAUUCCUUGCGCAUAAAACAAUGAUAUUAACUUUUGUAGCUUAA